ACGAAAGUGGUAAGUUAACAGCAACACGGGUAUAGAGUCAUGCAUAUAUGUAAGUAUAUAUUUAAAAUAUGUACUUAUGUAUUUUUUUAGUAAACAAUUCAAUUAUUGAGAGGCGACAAUAUGCUGUUGGAGGAGCAAAGGUCCAACAAGACACGGAUGUUCUAGAAGCCCUCAGGGAGAUACGGGACAGGCUGCAAAAGAUUGAGGAAAACCAAUUCACCCUCCUACAAAAUCAAAGGACGCUCAGCGAAGGGCAAUCGUCAAUGGUACACAACCAAACUCUUAUCUGCGACAAGAUAAUUGCAAUGGACCUCAAAAUUGUUGAAAAGAGUGAAAUGCUUGCACAAAAUAAGGCAAUAAGCGAGUGCAAGGUCAUGCUCAAAAAGGUGACGGAAUCGGUGUUCCGCAUGACUGGUGAGACCCAGGACAAAGAGCUGGACGACAUCGCGAGCACGUUGCCGCUGCAGUCUCAGACGGCAGUCGCUGAAGUCGAGGAGAAACUGCAAUGCCCGGAGUAUGCCCAAGCAAUGACGAAAUUCCUCCACAAAGUCAAAGGGGCAUCUGAAGACGUCGCGACCAUAAUGCGAAAUAUUUUUUCUGACGAGCUGCUACAGGGGUUUAACUGGGACGGAAGGUGGGAGAAAAAGUCCCUUUGCAAGUUGGCACUCAUCGAUACCAUUUUGCGAAACGUAUUUAAAAAACAAGGAUCGAGGAGUUUCGAGCUCAGCGUUAAAAAAUCUAUUUUGCUGAGUCAUCAUAGAUUUAAGCAGCGCACUUAUCUACGCAACAAAAAUAAAAAUACAGCAAAAUAAUGUAAAAUAAAAUAAU